AUGGCUUUGCAGAGCCUUGUGGAGCGAAUCAAAGGCGAGUUGCAUGCGGUACAGCUUGUGAGCCCACUUGCGCGACACGAAAUCCAGGCAGCCUGUCCCAAUAAUCCAAUUCGCACUAGCACUACCACACCUCCCGUCAUAAUUAUAAUUCCUCCAGGAGGAUAUCCGUAUCCACCAAUCAGAUAUUUCGGCUAUUAUAUUCCACCAUAUUACCCAUAUCCAGGAUAUCAGCCACCCUAUUAUAGUAAGUUUACUGACUUAUCACUUCCAUCCGGCAAACCAAAUUACUCGUAG